ACACGACAACCAACAACCAGCAGGAGGCAUGCGACGAUGUGGUGUGGGGCUUGUGGUGCUCCUCGUUGUGGCAUGGUUUGUCUGGUUGACGACACAGCGGCCGUAUGUGCACAUGGUGGCAGUGGAGCCAAGGGUGUGCGAUGGUGAGUCGUUUGCGGAGCCAAGAUCACGCGAGGAGUUCAGAACGCUUGCGGAGCUCAGGGUGCCUGUGCUGCUGAGAAACGCAAGUGUGGUGCAGGCGCACAACUGGCCAGCCAUGCGGUGGAACCUGUCGCACAUCGCCAGCCGCUUGCCUGUCGUCCCCGUGUAUGAGCAAGCGCAUCCACACAACACCUUCAUCACGUUCCACGACAACAAGCCGCUGGAACCCGUGCUGCGUGACGCGCAGUGGCAUGACUUCAACGUCAAGCGCAACGCCUCCACAGCCGCCCUCUUCAAGGACGACACAAUGGCAUGUGUCCCUUACGCGAGGCAGCCAUGGCUGCGACACGCGUGCGCUGUGCCAACCCGCGAACGCUGGCUCUACUUCUCAGCACGCACGCAGCUUUUGCGCGAGUUCUGGCCCGAGAUGGACACGGAAGCGCCUCUGGGGCCCCUCGCCAUCGCCGACACGGGCGAGCAGGCCAACCUGUGGCUAGGCAACGCAGGCAUCGUCACCCACACCCACUACGAUGCGAGCUGGAACUUCUUCGUGCAGAUCAAAGGCUGCAAGCGCUUCACCCUCUUCCCACCCAACACGUCACUGCCACUCUACCCUUGCCUGCACCCACACAUUGGCCAUCUUGCAGUGGACAUCCUUAACGACGCUGAUCUCUCCCAACACGAGGGACUCAACGUGUUUGUCGCAGACGUUGUUCCCGGAGAUGUGCUCGUCGUGCCGCCCAUGUGGUUUCACCAUGUGACGACCUUGUCGGACUCCAUUUCCUUCAACGUGUGGACGGAUGCGCCGGAGUACGUUGACAUUCACGCCAUCUACCAGCAGCCGGUGCCGUUGGAGGCGACGUGGAGUCGGGCACAGCUGCUGCACUCUGCGCUGUUGUUCCUCCACGCUGUGUGUAUGCGUGCACAGGGACGCAGCUGUGGUGAAGCCGUGUACACCCAAAGAUAUCACCACCUGCUCGCCUCAAAUUCACUCAAGCUCGCACCACAACAGGACAUUGAGCGCAUUCGAGGGCUGUGCAAUAGCCAGGAAUUGAACCAAGCCGUCGACACUGAGCGGCUACUCGAGCGCGGGGAAGCAAUUGGAAGAGAAAUUGGCAGCAUGCAUGUGGAUGCACGCACGCUGAUGCUGCACAACUACAUGGAGCACGUGCUCCUGGCCGUGUCGUCGCCGGAGACUGUUGCGCACGUGGUGCAACACUGCAGGGGCAAGUACUGAGUGAGUAUGGCUUUUGGUCGCAACCAAGACGCACAGCGUGGCUGGGCUGGCAUGCCGCAGGAAGGAGUCAGCGACCGUCGUGGGCACGAGCCCUUCACGCGUGACCAUCAUGACAUGGACGACAUUUACGCCACGAGGAACAAAUGCAGCCACUGCUGCUGCUCGUCGCCGCCGUCGUGCUUCGACUUCAAUUGGCUUGAAAAUGAUUCUUGUGCGCUUGCUUCAGAACCAGCUACAACGUUCUGUGCACGAGACACCGACAGUCGACGUGGAGCCCUAGCCCUGUACUUCGCUUGUUGGCAAUGGCAGCCUCGCGUCCACUUCCUGCCUUCCUGCCAUUAUAUUUCCCUCAAUCCCUCGCUUGUGUGUUUGUGUAUCGUGGAGUCGAGUGACAGAACAACACGUGCUCGCACUCCUUCGCUGGACCCAUUCAUGGUGACAUAGUUUCUCUCGCCUGGAAUGGGUGCGAGUUGAU